CUUAUAUUUUCCUUUUACUUUUCCGAAACAGCUUUUUCAUAUUUUUCGUAUUUUAUUUUAAUUUGGGCCAUUUGACUUUCUUUUUUUAGCACAACACACAACCACAAUGGACCAUCCAAUUUCCUUCUUUUCACUCCCAGACGCCGCUCCCGCACAAAGGCCGCAACCAACCGACAGCUUCCUAGCCGCCCACAUCCACGUGCCCAGCGAGGUGCAGCAACAGACACAGGCGCAGGUCCAGCAGGCUCAGGUGCAGCAGAAUCACAAAAACAAAGACAAAGAUAAUGAGCACCCCAAGCCAGCACCAAUGCCAAAGUCAAAGCCAAUCGCUGAUGCCUCAGUAGACCAGAUCCACCCGCUGAUCCGCAACCGACGCCUUGAAACCCCCGAGGAGAUCGCCGCCUGGAUAGCCGAGCGCAAGGCCAAAUACCCGACCGAAGCCAACAUCCGCCGAAAAGCCCAGGAACAAGAGCAAACCCAGGAGCCGGCCAAACAGCCCAACAAGCGCAAGCACGAAGACACCAGCGCCAAUCCGCUUGCGUCGCUCUUGUCCGCCUACGCAAGCAGUCAAGAAGAAGAAGAAGAAGAGGAGGAGGAGGACAGCGAUAGUGGCAGCGAUGCUCCUGAAAUCGCUCCUGCGAAGCUCUAUGCUUCUAAGCAAAUACCCUUCCGCCCCUCGACUAUCGCACCCGAGGCUGAUCGGCGCAGCCUCCGGGUAUGCAAGUACUUUACAAUGGGCCGGUGCACCAAAGGCCCCCGCUGCCCAUUCCUGCACCCUGAGUCCAUCCAGAAAAAACAGCAGCAGCAGCAGCAGCAAGCGCAAAGCGAGCCAGACGAAGGGCCCACGUUAAAGUCCUCACUCCUGCAGAUGCUCCUGGCCAAAGACAUUGCCCGAGAGAACUACCGUGUCCUCCAGUGUAUUGAGUAUAUCUGUGACAAGUCGUUUCUAGGAGUGCCUGUAGAAUACGCGCUGCUGUAUCAAUAGAAAAAUUUUGCUCAUUCUCAAAAAUUGUACACCGGUAGGAUUCGGCUGGUCUUUAGCGGCUGCCGGCACAAUGGGCAAUCAGAGUGCGCCUGGCACCA